CGCAAUGGCGCUGAAUGCCAAGGGGAAGGAGCUGCUGCGCGAGCUGCAGCGCAGCGACUGGCUGCCGCCGUACAAUGAAGAUCUUGUGCGGCAGGUGGUGGAGGAGUCGGGGCUGCUGCACGAGGAGCUGAACAGGAAACUCGAGACGUUCAAGGAAGGGAUGCCCAAGUCGGUGGAGUGCGCACUCGUCGUGAGUCACCAGGGUCUGCUGCGCAACAAGCGCUGCCUGCUCGCCUACCUGCACCACCGCAUGGAGAAGAUCAAGGCGCUGCGGUGGGAAACGGGUACCAUUAUCCCGGGUCCGCUGGCUCAGAACUUGUGCCAGCGCGAGGUGCAGUUCUUCAACCAAUACGACCAGAUGCUGACGGACUACAUGGCCGACUUCGAGCUCGACCUCUCAGCGGAUCUGAAGCCGCCCAAGGACUUGUACGUGGAGGUGCGCGUGCUGCGCGACUGCGGCGAGGUCAUGACCGAGAGCGGGCUCGUGAACCUGGAGGCGCACUCGCAGCACUUCCUGCGCCGCGUGGACGUCGAGCAGCUCAUCCGCCAGGGGCUGCUCGAGCAGAUCAAGCGCUGA